AUGCAUGCCACAGCGGCCUCAAAGAGGCGGGAUGGCGACUGCCUCUUCCAGAUGGUUGAGGCAGAAGGAUUGGAUCGAGCACAACAGUCGCAGAAUCCGUUAUCCGCCACCUUGAUCGCUGGAGAGCGCAGGCUGGCUUCUUUAGACUUGGGCCUUCGUGGGCUCCAACUGAGCGGCCCAACUCCAGGACGCAGCUCUGGAAGUUCGCUGUCAUCGUGGCGCCGCGUUUUCUAUGAUCUGGACGUGGGACCUCUGCAGAAUGAACUGCGGUCCACCUCUCUGGACUACGAGUUCUUGCCCAGUCUCUACGGUGAAUCUGCCAUGGUGCCCGAGGGCAUUGAUUUCGCGCCAGGGAGCAAUGGGAGGACCUUGCGCUGCCGCCUGCGGCCCAGCUACCUGGGCCGCGACCGUUGCGUCGUGGCGCGCUAUCCGCUGAGCGGCCCCCUGAGCGCCACGGCGCUGCGCGCGCUUUCCGCGCCGGCACCGCGCGUGGCGUAUCGCAGCACGGGGUACUACGAGGUGACCAUUGGAUCUUCACAGGAGCAUGAAAUGGUGCUCCCCUGUAUCUCGGUCGGUCUCUGUAGCCCGCGCUUCAGUCGCCACGCCGUGGCCAGGCAACAAGCCGGCUGCGAUGGUGAAUCCUGGGCGUGGCACAGUGACGACGGGCUCCUCUUCCACGCCUCCAACCGCGGCUUCGCCUUCGAAGGCGCCGCGACGAUCGUCGCGGCGACGCCAUCGCCGUGCUUCGGCGCGGCGGACGUGGUGGGCUGCGGGGUGCUGCAAGCCGUGGAGGGCGCAGGUGCUGAUGCCGUUCUCCAUGCGCCACGGAAGAUUUUCUACACCCUCAAUGGAGUCUUCAUGGGCUUUGCCUUUGACCUCGACAUCCCCAGCAACGUUCCACUAUGGCCUUGCGUUGGCGUGGACACGAAGCAAUGGUUGUCCUUCAACUUUGGUAGUGAACCGUUCCAGUACGAUUUGGACCAGUUUCCCUACGUGCAGGUUUCCCUGAAGACACCCUAUGACACCUUCGCUGACUGGAGCUCUGCAGCCGAUGGCCCUCCUGUGCAGAAUGCAGGCGGCCGCGGCCAUGGCUCCGGUCAGGCUAGCUCAGUGUGCCCAAAGGCUAUGAGGCCCUUGGUGGCGAAGCUGGCGCCCCGGCGCUUUCUGGACGUCACCGGCCCGGCCCAAGAAGUGGUCAGGCGCUACCAGAGCCAGCCACGCUGGUUGGAUGCAGUGGACCGACUGGUGAACGCGACCUUAGCUUGGAUGAGUUCUUCCCAGGCUUUGAGGGAGGUGAUCGGGCUGAACUUUCGUAGCUGGGCUUGCAAGAUGCCUGGGGAGGUUGCAAGUCUGACGAGGGAUCAUGUGAUCGACUGGGUGAAACGCUAUGGAAAAGCCUGGCAAGAGCAAAGUGUGAAGGGAAUCUUGGAACUUUUUACGGAAGAUGGUGAAUAUGUGGAACGACCUUAUGACACCGAGAAUGGUAUCUAUCGGGGUCAUUCAGGUAUUGAAAACUAUUGGAUCACCCACAUCCGAAACCGGGAGCGCAACGUGCAGUUCACCCAAGUGACAGAGGACCUGGUGCUGGACGCCGCCCACUGGACGGCCGUGGCCAAAUGGGAGGCGCGCUUCGAGGUGCGCCAGGCACCCGAGAAGCCCUGGAAGACGGUUCAAUUCCUUCAAGUGGCAAAGCUGCGCUUUGCGCCGGACGGCCGUGUGAAACACUUUGAGGAAUAUUGGCAUGGCAGGUCCUUCCACAACGCCUCCAAGGGCCUCCGCGACCCCCGUGCCCGGCGUGGGGGGCGUUGCGGUGUCAAGCGCCCGCCGCCGGCGCUGGACGGUGCCAGCUGCGCCCACGAGAGCCUCCACCGGGCGGAACUGGGACCCUUCGCGAGGGAGGCGCUACGCCUCGAAGCCCGUGAAGCCGCCGCGGCACCGGUGGCUCCCACGCCAGCGACAGCUGCGCGGGUGCCGGUGGUGUACAACGCGAUUUGCAAAGUGGCCCCGGUGAAGGAGGACUUUGUUGGGUGGUACCGCCGUGCAGUGAGCCACUUGGUGGAGGAGAGCGAUCUGAAGGGCGUUCCUAUCAUCCGGCCCUGGGGCAUGUUCAUGUGGGAAGAAGUUGGUCACUCCCUGCAGCGUUCCUUGCGCCAACUGGGCGCGCAAAGCUUUGCGUUGCCGCUGGCGCAGCACGCCGCGGACACGAUGAACGAAGAACAUGUGCCACAUGUGCCGAGGGAAGCAGCAGAGCCGCUGCUUUACAAGGUCCUCUCCAAGUGGAUUUCCUCGUCCCGCGACCUGCCACUGAUCCUGUGCCGCGACACCACGGCCACGGCCACGGCGGCCACGGUGAAGCGGCCGCUGCCGUUGAUGCGGGGCAGGGAGCUGCGGGUGCACGAGGGCCAUGCGGCGCACUGCUCGGUGGAGGAGACGAAGAAAUUUUUGGACAAAGUGCUGGCGGUGUAUGUCUGCCUAUGUCGAGACCUUUUCUGCCUGAAUGCUUUCGUUCACAGCGAAGGAGACGGCCGGCAGAGUGUCCGAGUGCGGAUCCGCUCCGGCGACGCCAUCGAAGUGGCCGCCGUCAAGCAGCUGGAGAAGAAAGUGGCGGAAGACUUCAAGGUGACCUAUUGUGCACCAAAUGCAGAGACCGGUGGCGCUGAGAAUUAUGCCUGUUCCCUGAGCCAUUUCUCCUGCAGCAUACGCCUCGUGGGUGCUAGCCUGGCGCAGCACGGCGACCACCUGGGCCCGUUGUGGCCCUGCCGUGUGGCGCCCUUGCAGGUGUUGAUCAUCCCAAUGACCCGCUUUCAGGAUCGCAGCAAGGACGCGACACAGCGGUCGCUGCAGCGACUGGUGUUCUGGUGCCAGGAGGCGACGAAAGAGUUGGAGUCCUCCUCCAUUCGAGUGAAAAGUGACCUGGAGGAUGAAACGCCGGGGAAGCGCAUCCGUCAUUGGAUCGGCUGCGGCGUGCCGCUGCUGCUGACCCUGCAGCUGGCCGAAGGGCCGGAGGAUGGCGCGCCCUUGGCAAAUGUGCGGAUGACGGCAAGGGAUAUGCCAGGCCUCGAGGUGGCGUCCCUGGCGACCUGCACGGGCCAAGCGGCGGCACAGAAAGCGGCAGAGCAGUUGGAGGAGAUGCAUCAACGGCUCUUGAGACGCGGAAUGGAAGAAGGUGUUGAUGCGGAGGGGCCAAAAAAUGUUUCCAAGCUGCGCCCUGGGGAAGUGCCGGAGGAGGAGGCGGCGAGUGAGGAGGCGGAGGAGGCAGAGGAGGCGGAGGAGGUGAUGCAUUGCCCACUCGCUGCUCGGGGCCGCAUUUUGCGGGAGUACGGUCGUCCACUGUCUAGAGAGGGACACGUCCAACUCACAGCGUCCCCGAGAUCACAGCGGCCGGCGGCCAAGCUGACGCACACUCACUGGCCCCCCUGGAAGACAGCCUCCAACACAGCGAAUGCCCUGGCAGAUGCUGCAGCUCGGAAAUGUGCCGGCUUUCAUCCCAAGAGGCGCGGCGUCGUUGCGCCCGGGCACAGCUGUCUCAUGACGGAGUGCUUUGGCGCACGUGCUUAUCGCAUGUUGCCACCUGCCAGUUGGGGUCUGCAUAUACCAGGUCCGGAGGAACCAACUGAGAAGGACAUCCAGAGUCCGAAGCCCCACGUGAGAUCUGACCCAUGUCGACCCAUGUCGAGCCGUGCACAGGCCGCUACGCCUGCUACGCCUCGGCUGUGCGAGCGUGAGGGCUCGCGGCUGGAACGCCUAGCCGCUAGAGAGGACGUGUGUGGGAAGCUUCGCAUGCUCCGCUGCCCCGUGACACGUUGAGUCGUGCUUUGACAUGCACAAAGUGCACGUCUGGCCCCCUACCAGAAUUGCAACCGCCCUGCGGUUGUCCUGACCUGAAUAUGGGGUGAGUGAAU